ACAACACAUCACUGUGUCGGUGGCUACGGAUGCCCAAUGGACGCUCGACGACAUUGAACGUCCAUCUCAAGACUGCCGAAGCCGUUUAUGGAUUUAAUGAUGAUGAAAAAGAAGAAAUUCAAAUUCAAAGUGGAUUUUGAGCUGGACGAGCUCUCGUCGGUUCCAUUUGUCAAUGGGGUCCUCUUCUGUAAAGUCAGACUCUUGGACGGCGGAUUCUCCGAGGAGUCUUCUCGGGAGGCAGUCCAGGCCAACUGUGUGCGGUGGAGGAAAAGGUUCUCUUUCCCCUGUAAGAUGAGUGCCAAUGCUGGCACUGGUGUACUGGACCCCUGCGUGUGUCGCGUAUCAGUCAGAAAGGAGCUGAAGGGGGGGAAAGCAUAUGCAAAGCUUGGUUUUGCAGAUCUGAAUUUAUCAGAGUUUGCUGGUUCAGGAAGUACAACCCGAAGAUGUCUGCUGGAGGGUUACGAUACCAAAAAUACUCGCCAGGAUAACUCCAUUCUUAAGGUCAUCAUCACUACUCAGCUAAUGUCUGGAGAUCCCUGUUUUAAAACGCCACCUUCUACCGCGACAGUGAUUGGGAUCCAAAGUGAUGGAGAAAGCCUGCUUGAGGAGCGAAGGGGAGGUGACUCGCAAAAAGCCUCCUGUGAGAGUCGAGAAGUCAAGUGUCCUGUGGUGUCUGAUGAUCUUGGCGGCUGUGGACACUCGCGGACUUCCAGCUAUGCCAGCCAACAGUCCAAACUCUCAGGCUACAGUACAGGCCACUCCCGCUCGUCCAGCAUGUCAGACUUUAGUCAUCGUAGGAACCAUUCUGUGGGAAGCGCCUCAACGGGCAUCGGCAGCAUCCCAGAACCAAGUGAGGAUAGAGACAGAGAGUCCAGACCGUGUCCUGCCCUACCCGAACAUCCACUUUCCACCACCAACUCAACCUACUCUGUGGGUUCACCGGUCCGAAACGCCUCAUCCUGUGAGCGACUUAACAGGCAUCCAGUGAAGCAGGACUCUAUAGAGUCUCAGCUAAAGAGAAUGGAUGAUACUCGAGUGGAUGCUGACGAUGUAGUGGAAAAAAUCCUCCAAAGCCAAGACUUCACACCCAGCCUUCUAGACUCUAGUGCAGAGGAGGAGGGCUUACGCCUGUUCGUUGGGCCUGGCGGAAGUACAGCUCUAGGAAGCCAUCAUCUACCUGCCAGGGUCGGUGCUGGAGCAUACGAGCAAGUGGUGAUAAAGCGUUGAAGUGGAUUAUGGCCUGAGGGCGUGCACCCAACCCCCCCAAGAAAAAAAACAAAAAAAAAUGGAAGUAGGCUUGUGACCAUUUGUCUUCGUUCUGCUACAUAACACAUUAGUGAUCCAAAGUCUUACAAUUGGUGCCCAGUGAGUGGCAGAUGUCGCAAUAGCGCCUCUAUAUGUUCUUACCGACAACUGAACACUUUCGUAAUGUGUCGUUGUCCAGUGGUAUCACAUUCAAAUGUGUGGCAAAAAAAGUUAUUUUUAUUCUCUUUUGUUAUUAAGGGCUGCCUAUGUUGAUGCCAUCCGCACAUUUGCACAGUGAUCACCUAAUUUUCUAAUCAAACUCCUUGAACGAAUGUGAACUAAAAAAGAAAAAAAGACUAGAGAAUAGAUUGCAUGAGGAAGAAAACGCCAUGCAAUUUCAAUACAUUCCUUUUUUGUUCUGCAGUGUUUUGUGUUGUUUUUUUACUUCCCUUUAAUGUUCUACUUAAUAUUUUUUGCAUAGAAGCUGUUGUUGUAAACACCUUGAAAGAGGACAGAAUAAUAAUUUACUAUCAAGAACAGAUGUCAGGCUUGAGCUUUAAAAUGUAUCUACAUUCAUCCUGUCAUCCAGCGCUGAACUUAUUAGGCUACAAGAAGAUAAACCCUGAACCAACAUGCGGUCUGGGAACGUGCAGGUGUGUCCCCAGGCUGCAAAGACUCUACUUUGGUCAGUUUCAAAGUACACUGUAGAGAACAUGCUAACAUUUUUCCGGAGGAGACAGAUAACAGAGUGCGUCAGUGGCUAAAACAAGCACUUUGAUGGACUUCCUUCAAAACGGCACCAAACCAGUGUUACUUUUGACUAGUUAUAGUACAGUACUUAGCAGGCACGUUUCCAGUCAUAGUGUUCUCGCUGUGCUGCACAGUUAUUUUGUUGUUGUUGUCUGCAUUGACCCUUUAGACCUAAACAGAGGCCAAUAUACAAGUAUCAAUGAUCAUUUGGGAGAUAAAUUACAUCUGAGGUACUGAUGUCACCGCCCAUGCAUUAUAUAUUGGGUUUACAGCAGUGGACUAACGAGAACACCCUGAAAUACAUGAACAAUAUUCAUUCAUUCAUCUUCCGUGCCGCUUAUCAUCACGCGGGUCACGGGCAUGCUGGAGCGUAUCCCACAUGACUCUGAGCGAGAGGCGAGGUACACCCUGAACUGGUCGCCAGCCAAUCGCAGGGCACAUAUAAACAAACAACCAUUCGCACUCAUAUUCAAACCUACGGGCAAUUUAGAGUCCUCAAUUAAUCUAACGUACAUGUUUUGGGGAUGUGGGAGGAAACCCACGCAGGCAGGGGGAGAACAUACAAACUCCACACAGGCCGGAUUUGAACGCGGGUCCUCAGAACUGCGAGUCAGACGUGCUAACCACCGUGCCGCCUGCAUAAACAAUAGGAUUAACAAAUUGUAGAACUAUAGGACUGUACAGUGUUGUGACGCCUAAUAAUUGAUUGACAAGGCCCCGACUAUACUCAUUGAAGCAUUUUUAGAUUUCAAGAUUAAAUCAGAUAUAGUGCAUACAAAAACACAUUUAAAAAUUAGAAGCCUGCCAGGUUUUUUUUUUGUCAACUUUGAAACCACAUAUCCUUCACUUUUACACAUCUGAUUUGGGAAAAUCAUAUACUGUAUUUACAAUACUAAAAGCGUGUCAAAUAAAGGAUUUAUCUAUUCGGCUUUUUUUUUUUUAAAUAUUUACUGGUAGAUGCAUCUUAAAGCAAAGGCUCCACUCCACAAUGAAGAAGGUAUCAAUUCAAGUCAUGUACAGUAAUUAUUGAAAGCGUAAGCCUCUUCAAAAAUAAAUAAAACGCUGGACGCUUCCAUAUUAGCAAGCUAUAGACCCAUCUGAAAUCACCCUUUCAUAGCAAAGGUUGUUGAAAAAGUUGUUUUAAAUCAACUCAGCAAUUUCUUGAACUUAAAUGGACUUUCUGACAAAUUUCAGAUCACAGUACAGAAUCUGAACAGAUUUGAAAGUUCUGCUACUGGUCUAUAAAUCACUAAAUGGUUUAGGUCCUGAAUACAUGGCAGAAAUGCUAAUGGCAUAUAAACCCAGAAGGGCUCUGAGAUCGACAGACUCAGGUCAAAUAGUGGAGCACAGAGUCCAAAGCAAACCUGGUGAAGCAGCAUUUAGCCAUUACGCUGCACACAAAUGGACUAAGUUGCCUACAGAAGUGACGUCAGCCCCAAGUGUGAAUGUUUUCCAGUCCAGGUUCAAAUCUCUACUUUUUUCUCCCCUCAUGCGUUUUAGAGCACUUCCACUUUUAAAUAUUUCUUGCACGGUACGCCGUUUUAAUUGUACACAUUUUAUCCUCUUUGUUUUUAAUGUUUCUAAGGUGUUUCUCUGUUUUGAAAUGCUUUUACUCAUGUAAAGCACAUUGAGUUACCUUGUGUAUGAAAUGCGCUAUAUAAAUACAUUUGCUUUACCAUUAAUUAGGGCUGCACGAACCUGAGAAUCAAAAUCAACCUCAACUACCUAAAAUGUGCUGUUUGUUGCAGCUAAUUACUCAUACUCUAAACUUUGCUCCUGUUGCCAGCAAUAAAUAAAAAGUGGGAUUCACUUCCAUGUAAUCCAUGUAAAAAGAAAUCAAAUCCAAGUAUGGCGUUUAUACAGUAUGUCCAUCUAUUGAGCAUUCAUGAUUUGCACGCAUAUCCUUUCGUCAUUUAUUUGCACAAAGUUUGUUCUUUUCUAAUUUGAUUUUGUGUAACAUUUUAUUCAGAAUAUCACUGCACUGAAGGACCGGUUUAGAGGAGACCUUUGCACAAAAUCAUGUAUAUUUGAAUUAGUAUUUUGUGUGUGUGUGUGUGUGUUUCGGUGUUCAGCAUGAUUUAAAUGUCAUGUUGGAAAUGCCAAGAUAUCACUGUGUUUGAUAUAUCCAUCAUUGAUAUUGUGCCAUUUUUCCUAUGUUGUAUUGUUUACAAAAUCUUGACGGUGUUGAAUCUGAUUUUAGUGCUGCCAAAUAUCUGUUGAAAGUCAGUUUAUUAUUUUUUGGGAUACUUGUUUUACCUGUGUGACACAGGUAAAUUCAUGUGGGUAACUAACAUGUUGUUACAAACAUGGUUGCUUCCUCUCUUCUGUGAAGCUGUUGUCUAUGUAAAAGUGCUACUUGUAUGUUUCUGUAAAGUGAUGUACUGCGCUGUUCAAGCACACCCUACAGUGGUUCCCAUUUACCUCCAGAUAAAUUUUUGGUUGCUUAAACUGUGUUGGAUGCCGAUAACGUGUACCUGACACUGUUGAAUAAAGGUGAAUCACGUUAGUCACACAUGUGCUCUAUA